AUGUUUGCCCGCUUUUCAUUUUUGGUCGUACUUCUUCCCCUGCAAAUCGGUUUGGCAAAGAAUAAUUACGAUAUUGUUAUAAGAUCCUUGGAGUGCAAAAUUAUAGCCUGGAAAUAUGUGAAUGAAGUGGACUGUCAGCUGUUGCGGAAACGAACUCCCGUAAUAUCGGCCAGAUUCAGUUUGAAUCAAACACUGGAUCACUUCGAUAUAUAUGCAGUAUUCGAUUUGUUAAAGAAGGACAAUACCCGCAUGAAUAUAGCCGAUAUCAAAAUGGAUGGCUGCAAGUACUUGGGGGCGAUGUACCAAAACAAUAUUAUUGGUAAAUUGUUCAAAAGGCUCAAGUCUGUCAGCAACUUGCCAAGUAAUUGUCCUGUUCCAAAGGGAAAACUGUACGAGAUCCGCAACUAUACAUUCAAUUCGGACGAAUUCCCGCCAGGAGCUCCGCAGGCCAAAUGGCAAAUGCGACUCAAAUUGCUGAAGCGCUCCGAACUGGUUGCGGACAUAUCAUUUGAGGGCUCUGUGGUCUAUAAUACGUGA